AGACAAGAUCACAACAGGCGAAGUUGUUUAAUGAUCCUGAUAGCAGUUUUGAUGUGUUGGUUGCGAGCGACGCAGUUGGAAUGGGACUGAAUUUAAACAUUAAACGAGUAGUGUUUGAAACUGUUAAAAAGUUUGAUGGCAUAGGCAUAAGACACGUUCCUAUUCCCCAAAUCAAGCAAAUUGCUGGCCGAGCUGGUCGGUUUGGUACCGUGAAUGCUGUUGGAGAAGUGACUGCACUGGAGCCCAUGGAUUUAAAGUACGUACGUCAAGCAAUGGCCUCACCAACAAAGAAUCUAGAGAUGGCUGGACUGCAGCCAACCAUGGAAAUGGUUGAACUCUUUGCGCAUCAACUGCCUGGUACAAAAGAGUUUUCAUCACUUUUGGAAAAAUUUGAAGAUUUAGCUCGAGUCGAUGGUCAAUAUUUUUUAUGUAACUUUUAUACUCAAAAGCUUAUUGCAAAUUCAAUAGAACAUAUACAAAUGACUAUUCCUGAGAGAUUUAGCUUUGUUACUGGGCCCGUAAACACUUCUGACAUACGUCUAAUGAAGAACAUUCAAAAGUUCGCGUUGCUGCACAGUCAAAGUAGACCCUGUCGUAUUGCCGAUGUUGUGAAGAUUCCUGCCAAACUUCCCCAUAACGACGAAAUGCUUAGUGAGAUGGAAUCAAUUCACAGAACACUUAUGUUAUAUUUAUGGUUAAGUUACCGGUUUCAAGAAACAUUCAUCGAUGUUGACAAAGCACGUGAAUUGAAGCUACAAUGUGAGAACGCCAUCCAUGAAUCUCUUCAGACUCUUAAAAUACCUCGAAAACGUCACCGAACGACCACCAAAGAUAUUCGGGUGUUAAGUAGGUUAGAGCAGAGGGUUAGAGCUUUGGAUAGUAAAUCUACUGAUCGAAACAUUCCAAUAAAUCCAAAAAACCACGGGAAGAACGCUUCGCACAGGGGUAGCGGUGUAAACAUAAAUAAAUCAACAAAACAAGAGGACAAGCUUACAAUAUGA